GGGGCUGCUGGGGGGAUUUCAGUCCCGAGUUACUGUGGAAAAAGUAAAGCCGGGUGCGAAAGCGGGGAGGAAGGGACGGCCCUGCUGAGGAGCGGAGCGUGUUGGGCCGGCAGCCAGAGGGAGGACGCAGAGGGAGGUAAAAGCGAAAGCAGAGCAGGGCAGGAGGAGCGAGCAACAGGGAUCGCGCUCGGCAGCAUGGAGGCUCCGGCCGUCUUCACGGGCACAGACGUCUACCAGCGGAGUUUCAACCCUCAGGAGUACUUGAGGGAAUUUUACAGGUUGACCGACAGCCAGGGGCAGCCGAACACCUUCCUGACGCAAAACCUGAGGGUCCUGCAGAAGAUGUUUUCCCUGGAUGGGCUGAGAGGCGAUACCCUGAUAGACGUCGGCUGCGGCCCCACCAUCUACCAGCUUCUGUCCGCUUGCGAGCACUUCCAGGAGAUCAUCGCCUUGGACUACACGGACCAGAACCGCCGGGAACUGGAGAAGUGGCUGAAGAAGGAAGCGGGAGCCUUCGACUGGAGGCCGGUGGUGGAAUACGUUUGCGAGCUGGAAGGGGACAGGGAGAAGUGGGCUGAGAAAGAGGAGAAACUGCGAAAGAAGGUGAAGCAGGUUCUGAAGUGCGACGUGACCAAAGCCAACCCCACGGAGCCCGUGUCCCUGCCCCUCGCCGACUGCAUCGUCUCCACCCUCUGCUUGGAGGCCGCCUGCAAGGACCUGGCCACCUUCCGCAGCGCCCUGAGAAACGUCGGUGCCCUCGUGAAGCCGGGGGGACACCUGGUGAUGGUCACCGUCCUGCAGGAAACCUACUACGCCUUCAACAAUCAGGUCUUCUCGUGCCUCCGCCUGGACAAGAACAUGGUGGAGGAAGCCGUGGAGGGCGCCGGCUUUGACGUGAGGUUCAGCGACGUCCAGCCGUGCCCUCCCGGCAAUGCUGGCGCCGACUGCGAAGCCGUGUUGAGCCUGGUGGCCCGCAAGCGUGCCUCCAUCAGCGGGUAGCACGUGGACAUCGGGGAGGAAAACAGCAGCGUGUCUGGCUGCAAAAAGCUCUGCCGGUGUAACCCACAGCCCCUUACCCCUUUGUCUGGAAGCAAAUAAACCCGUGUGUGCUCUAA